AUGGCGCUUUCCACGUACUCAUGCAACGUGUGUGAAGAGCCGCUGGUCAAAAGCACGGCGUACGUCAAGCACCUGAGGAGUGACGAUUGGCAGGGGCACCGGCCGGUCACGUGCAAAGAUUGCUACGAGAAAGAAGAUGAGUACGAGAGCAAGUACACGGAUAAGGAGUGGAGGAGGACGUGCAAGGCGCGCUGGUCGGAGCUCGACGGGGUCAUCGAGGACGGCGCGAAGCGGGCCCGCGUGAAGAAAUGGUCGGAGCUCGAGCAAUCGGUCCGCAAGGAUUAUCCGGAGGCCUCCCGCUCCGAGCGCCGCAAGGCCACGCUGUUCGCCAUCCAGAAAGUGGCGCGGUACAUCGCCCUCAAGAUUUCCCAAGCGCCCCCAGAGCAGCGGCGCCAGCGCGAGCAGGCGUUCGUGGAGUUCGACGCCGAGUGGGAUAAAAAGGUGGCUGACCCCGAGUACGUGCCCGAAGUGAGGGCUUACAAAAUGUCGGACCACGCGGCGCAGUGGGCCUCGGAAAUCAUUGAGGGACUAUCGGAGCAUUUCAUCUGCCGGCACCGCGACUGCCGAGAAUGCUCGAGGAGCUGCGACUGGCUGAUGAAGGGCGCAGACCAGUACGGCUGCCCCCUUUGCUUGAGGCAGUACAGGCGUCCGACCGGUCACGGUUUCUCCUCAUCGUGGCCCGACACCACUAUGGCAACGCUCAUCAACAAGUUCAAGGAGAUCACGGCGAAGCUGGAUGCGGUCCUCGACGGGGUGCCGGAGAAGGAGCAGUGGCGGUUCGUCUGCAGCGAGCUGCAGGCCAAGGCGGCGCACCCCCUCACGACACAGUUCCUCUCGCCAGAGAACAUCGAGGAGUUGAAGAGGCUCAAUUCGACGAUGCGCUCGCCUUGGAGGUACGACCACAUCCUCGACAAGGGGUUCUGGUCCUUCCGCCUGGCGGACCACGGGGUGGCGAAUUUGGAUCAGCCUCUGAGCCAGGACGACGUCCUGUCCAUGUUCGCGUGGAGCAAGUGGCUCCUGCGCCAGUACAGUGGCUCCCGCCUGUACAUCCACGACCCGGUUAAGCAGGGGUCGUUGACCGAGGCCCUGGCGCAGGCGACCCACCGCGUCUUCCCGCCGUUCGCGCCUGAGCUGGCCGACACGAGGGCGACGUCCAGGCCUCGAGGGGCCGCCACUGUCGGCGCACCCUGGCCCCGCAGGCUCCCCGCCAAGCGGCGCGGCGACGCCGGGGUCACGAGGAGCGCCAAGGCCUUGUGCACCCGGCGCGGAGAGAGCCGGACGCUGCCAGGGCCGCCGGUGCCCGAGGAGAGCGCGGCCAAAGCCCCCGCGUCGCUGGUCGCUCCUGACGCGCCCGCGGGCCGAGGCGUCGGGAGGCGUUCCCUGGCGCAGCGCGCGGCGGCUGGGAGGACGUUGUCACGGCUGGUGCUUUUGAUGGACAUGCAUUUCUUCCACGAGCCAGUCGUCUUCGGCACCGCGGAUCCGCCGCGGCCGCGCGGGGGCCUUGUCGCAAUCAGCGGAGGGCAGCUCGCGUUCAUCCUGGGCGCAUUCACCCGCCGGGGGAAGCCGCUCGCGGACAUCGCCCCGCUGGUGGCGUGCCGCGACGGCGGCCGCGAUCUCCUGAAGGCAUCGCACAGUCACGCUACCACGUGCCCCGCAAGCUAUCUCGUCGACGUCGGCCUCCACUGCGCAGUCGCCACCGGGGUCGCUGAUCGACGCGGGGCGAGCAUUCUGUUCGAGGAUGUGCGCGAGUCGCGAUGCGCCUUGCCAGAGCCGAAAGCGGACGACCUGCGCCAGAUUCGCCAGGCCGCGCAGGCGUGGGCUGGCGGGGACAUAGAGUUGCCGUGCGAUGGCAGCUGCCACGUGGACCACAGCGUCGGUGAGAUCAUUCCCGCAGGCGAGAAGCGCCUGCGGUCCAUGGCGGAGUCGCGCGCCGUGGCGCGCCGGGCGAUGCCGACUCCGAGGGCGCGGGCAGAUCGGCGCGGGGGGGCGCGGGGCGCGGCGGUGAGCAGAUCGCCUCGCACAGGGUUGCAGAAGCAUUUGGACGAGCAGAAGGCGCUUGGCGCGCCGCACCACGCAGCGAUAAACAGCGAGGACCACAAGUGCUUCUGGGUGCUGGACUUGCCUUUGCCCCGGCAGUUCGACGCGAGGCGGAGGCGCUGCCGCACGUGCGCGGCGGCUGGUCUUCCGAACCGUUAUUUCGCCACGGACGUCAGCGACGUGGUGGCCGCUGUGCCGGGCGUGCUCCACUUGCGCUUGGAGAAGCAAGGGUCGGUGCUCAUGACCAAGCAGUUCCUGUUGCACCUCGUCCAGCUCUUCCACGAUAGACUUUGUCUUCGGCAGACUCGCCGCGCUUUAGUGGAGCAAUGCUGCGCUGGCGCUGCAGGGCUCCGAGCAGCCGGGCGAGUCCUCUCGUACUUGCGAGCCAUUCCCACGGCGCCGGGCCUCAAGCAAAUCUUGUUGACGGCGCUCGAGGGCUUCCUUGCCGAGGCGACCCGCCACAUGCAGAAACACAUCAACGUGUACUCGGGCGCCGUCAUCAGGGGCGACGGCAAUUACGUGCAGGCCCGAAAGGUCGCCGCGGAGGGCGACGGUGGGAGAGAUCGCCCGCGCACGGUCCUGCUGGCCUGGGUGACCGUGGACGGGGCGCUCUACCAGCCGCCGACGCUUUCAAGGUCAGAAGAUGUGAAGGAUGCACUGCAGGACCUGGGCCCUCUGGCGGGCAGCUUCAAGCAGGACCGGCUGGAGGCAGGUCUCAGCCUAGUGGACUCGGCUCCAGCAGUGCACGCCACGGACGUCUACGGAAGGCAGCGGUUGCAGCUGAAUGCUUUCUACAGGAGGAUGUACCCGGGGCUCGACGCCGACGCGGCGGCAGGGGCCCCAACGCCGAGGGGCGACGCGACGGGCGCUCGGACGCGCUUCGCCGGUUCUCCGACCACAGUGACGGGUGACCCGCUGCACGACACGCUGGCUGUCAUGCAGCUCAUCAGCGCGGCCUCGCCAGACGCGCGCAAUAUGUGCUACGACCACAAGGGUAUCCGAUUGCUUUUCGGGUCAACCCGACGCCGCGAGGACAUCCUGAACCGCUUGUCGCUGCCGCCGCGACGCCCCGCUGCCGCCGCCCCGGUGCCCGCAGAACAGCUGCCCUCCGCACCAGUUGCCGGCCCGCCCGAUGCGGGCGCGGGGGGGCCAGCUGCGCAGCCGCUGGCAGUGGAGCACCAUGAGAUGCUGCGCAAGGCUGUGGAAAACACCAAGGAACAGACUGCAGAGACAAUCAGGGAGAACCCUGCUUCUGCAGACGCGGUUGCAGCGUACUUGAAGCAGCCGCAAGUGGACCAGGAGCCCACGUGGCGCACAAUUUUCGGCGCGUCGCCGACGCGGGGCGCCGUUCUUCGACUGUGCGCAGCAUUCGGGGUGCAUGCGCACGACACGCUGGGAUACCACGGCUUUGAGACGCUGGCUUGUUUCAAGAAUGCCAUCCGGACGCACCUCAAGUGGUACGCGCCCGGGCGCAAAACGUGCCGGGCGCACUACGACCGCCUGCUCAAGCCCCUGCGCCUCGAAGGCUUAUGGAAGUGGCGCGACGCUGCGCUGGCGAUCGCCGAUGCUGGCGCCCCGCUGCAGACCGGCGCCGUGGCCGUGGAACGCUGGUGGGCGAGCCUGAAACACAUGAUGCCGGCUAAGGCGGUUUGCAUUUCGGAGAGGCCAGCGGCGCAGGGCCGGCCGCGGCUCGCCGCCGCGCCCCCCCGCGAACAGGCGCGUGCGCGGUCGCGGGGGACGACCGCGACGUCCAUCGCCUGCUCGGUAGGCCGGUGCAGGGCGGGCCCGGGUGCGACCCCAGACCGCCGCGUGAGCCCGCGCAACAUGCGCGUUGCCGUGAUAUUGCGCAGUGGGCGCCAACUCGCAGAUUUCGAGGCCGACCCGUCGUGGCACUUGGACGACGUGCUCGCGGCGAUGCCGAGACCUGAUGGUGAGUAUGGUUGCAGGUUGCGUGUCUUCUUUGAAGAACGCGAGCUGCUGGCUACCAUGACUUUGGCGGACAUCGGUGCCCACGGCGGGUGCAGGCUCACGUGCGUGACGAGCGAGCCCCGCCGCAUAGCAACCCGCUGCGGCAAAAUGGUUUACAUAUGGUCGGCCGCCACCGGCGCGCGCUUGCACGAGCUCGAAGGCCAUCUGGAGCUGGUCGUCUCGGCCAAUUUCUCGCCGGAUGGCGGGGCGCUCGUGCUGACCAGUGGCGAUGGCGGUCCGACCAUCAUUUGGUCCGCCGCUGACGGGAAGCGCCUCCGCACUCUGCCCGGGCACCGCGGGGUCUUCUCGCCCGACUCCCUGGGAGUGGUGACCUUGGAGCGCUUCGCGAAGUCGAAGUGCCCGUCGGCGUCAGUGCGGUCUGUUUUGCGCGGGCAGCGCGUGCUCGUUCUCUCCGAACACCUCGCAGAGAUCCAUAGCGCAAUUUUCUCGCCAGACGGCCGAGACGUGCUGACCGCCUCGCAAGACUGGACAGCGAAGCUGUGGUCGGCGUCCUCGGGGGUGUGCCUGUGCACGUUCCGCGGGCAUGGGGGCCCAUUGUUAGUCGCAGUGUUUGCUCCGAGCGGCCGCGAAGUGCUGACGACUUCGACCGACAUGGCGGUGAGAAUAUGGUCUGCCACCACCUCGGACUGUCUGCGCAUACUCGAGAGCCACCAGGACUGGGUGCAUUGCGCUGCCUUCUCGCCAAGUGGUCAGCAGGUUCUCACUGCGUCCUGGGAUGGUACUGCGAUUGUUCGGCCGAGGACGCAUACCAGAAAAAGACAGAAGACUGGCGACUCAGGGGGCGCACCCUGCACGCUGGGCGGCCCGCUGUACGACAUUUCAUCGGCCGCUUUCUCGCCAGACGGCCGACGCGUGGUGACCGCUUCCCACCGCGACGUCGUGAAGGUCUGGUCGGCGGCGACCGGGGAGUGCUUGCUCACGAUGCAUGGCGCCGGGGAUAUCGCGCUCUUCGCGCCGUGUGGCAAGAGCAAAGGGAAAGGCUACGACAACAAUGGGGGCAAGGGCAAGUCCAAGGGCGACAAGGGCGGCAAGUUCAGGCCCAAGGGUGCGAUCAACGCUGGUCCAGCAUGUUGGAACUGUGGCAUUACCGGUCACAAGGCGGAGAACUGUUGGAAGCCCAAGCGUACUGAUGGUGGUAAGAGUGAGUCGACAGGUGGCAAGUCGAAGAGCAAAGGAGUCUACAACAUGUGCAUGAAGGUCGACGGCGACGCUGAGAAGCGCAUCAGCAGCUCUGGCAAGGAAGUAGGCGCACGGGACGCAAGUUGGAAAGGUCCACUGUGGCGUUCGGAGAGCGAGUUCGAGUUCGACCCACGAGUCGAACUCAAGAAGGAAGAUCUGGAGCCACGCAUGGUAGAAGGCCUCUACCUCGGGCAUGCCAGCAGAAGUGCCACGGUUCUGAUCAUGACUACGCAGGGUGUCCGAAGGGGUACAUCCUUGACUCGAUUGGAUCCAGUUGCCCGUUGGGCGUGGCAGGACGACAUCGUAGACAUGAAAGGAGAGCCCUGGAAUUGGGCUGGAGCAGCCGGUGAGGAGGCGAUCGCUGUUGUACCGCCACCUCGAGCACCGGCGCUUGGAGUGGUGCCGUCUAUCGUGACAGUACCGAUAGCUCCUGAUGAGAUCCGAGACUUCUAUGUGGCUCGGAAGAAUAUCGACGAGUUUGGCUCGACGCCCGCGUGUCUGGCGUGCGAGCAGAUGAUCUUGUCUGGUGGCAAGGAUCAGGUGGAGCUGCUGGAUCAGGACCAGGACCCCUACUUCCCCCUAGCAUCUCCAGACUGCAAGAUGUUCACUUACCUAAAGAAGCUUAGCGAGGGCAAGUACAAAGAUCCAGAGGAGAGAGCUAGCUGGAAGGAUGAAUGGGUACAGUGGCUGGCCAGUCAGCCAGGCGUGUUUUUAGUCGAGAGCGACAUGUGCCAGUUUGGCAUGGUCGGGACUCGGGCAGAUGGCAGCGAGGGUCCUGUUCGCAAGCCGACCGGUUGGUUGACGAACAGUGCAGCUUUGGCCGACUUGCUUGCUCGCACCUGCUCGGACCCCUCGCAUGACCACGUCCCUCUCUUGGGCGGCCGAGCAUCCAUGGCUCGUGAGUACCCCGUGCAGUUGAGGAAGAGCGACGAGGCGAGGGGCCUCGUCCGCGGCGACGAUUUCAUGGUCGUCGGUGAUGACGUCACACUUGCGGAUGUAAAUUCCAGGCUGGCCUCGAAGUAUGACAUGAAGUGUUCUGGUGUCCUGGGGCCUGAGGAGAAGGAUUCGGAGGAGGUCGUUUUCUUGAACCGAGUUCUGAGGUGCGUUCGAGGGCCCGGGGCCUGCAUCGAGAUCGAGAGUGACCAACGGCACGUGGACACGCUUCUGAGAGAUCACGGCUUGGAAAAGGAUUCGGCAAAGGGAGUUGAUGUUCCGUCCAGCAAGAAGAGCGUCGAAGAUGCUCUGAAGGAGCUUGAGCUCCCUGUCUUGGGCGCUGCCGGUGUCCGCGCCUACCGCUCAGGCGUGAUGCGCGUGGCCUAUCUUGCUCAGGAUCGGCCAGACAUCGGCGAGGCGGUCAAAAGCUUGACGAGGAAAAUGCAGCACCCCAGUGUCUCGGACUUGGCGGCUCUUAAGAAGUUGUGCCGCUAUUUGAAGAAGUAUCCGUGCCUCGUCUCCAGUUUUUUCCCUCAGGCAAUGCCGAAGGAGCUCAGCAUGUCGGUGGGCACAGGCUGCGCAGGUGGAGCGACUGGCCUUCUGAUCAAGGCCAUCUUGGAGGAUUUCGGAUUCUCGUUUGAAGUGCAUGUGGUGAGCAAGGUGAAGGAUGAGCUUUCUGUUUCGAUGGCCUCGGAUUCGUCCGCGGCUCGAGCGUUUGCACAUAGGCAGGGUUUAGACAAACAGAAACAUGUAAUGACUAAGUUUCUGUGGAUCCAGGAGAAAGUCCUGAAUCGCCUCUUGAAGAUGAUCCCAGUAGGCGCUAGGGUGAACGUAGCAGACUUGUUAACUAAGUGGUUUUCGCAUGCGACAGCCUCUAGGCAUCUUAAGGCCAUGGGCUUUGUUUUCAGGACUGUCUGGAGUAACCUUCAUAGGAAGCUCUAA